AUGGAACAACGACGCAUUGCGGGUCCCGAUUCGGUGCUCUGGACGAUCCCACCUAUUUCCGAGCAGCCCGAAAAGGUGCACUUGUUACGCGACUACUUGGCAAAGGCCGAAGCCGCUGCCCGCAGACGAGAUGACCACACGGUGUACUCAUGCUACGUUAAAAUAGCCAAAUACUUUCGGGACUUCCCUGAUGACCUCUGGCUAACGGAGCAUUUCUUCCAUUACGCUCUGAUCGUGGCGAGGCGCAUCAAGGACGACGGUGGAUUGAAGCUGGCGAGAGCCUACGAGUACUAUGGUCUAGCAAAGGAGGCACAAGGCAAGUUUGACUGUAGGGAUCUUGAAAACGCCUGUAGAUAUUUUAUCGAAUUCUACAAUGCAACUCGAUACAAACCCUGGAAGGAAGAGGACGGUACAUCGAUGGGGAGUGCAGCUGACCGAUGCUUGGUCCGCAUCUAUCUCGCACUAGUUGACAAAACAGGAAAGGACUACAUGUGCGAGAAAAUCGCCCUUUGUACAAAAGCUCAUGAAAUUGCGGUGGCAAGUGGUGACUGGAGCCUUACAGCGCCUGCAUGCCUGAAGAUGGGUCAACUGUUGGAGGAAGCCGACAGGUCCACUGAGGCUAUAACAUUUUACCGAGGAUACUUCGAUCUUGCAAAAGAUGCCAAUGACUACAAAAACCUUGGAGGCGCCUGUGAAGCACUGGCGAAGUUGUUUCGCAAACAAAACAACAUGGACGACGCAAUUAAAUACUUGAAGAUGUUUGCAGACAUUUGCGAAGAGCACUGCGAUUGGGUUCAACUCUGUCGUGCCUGUUACCUCCUUGGUAACGCUUAUGAUACCGUUGGUGACCAUGCAGCAGCGCUAGAAUGGAUGAAGAAAGCGCACAAGAUGCCUACUUAUGUAAAUGCCUCCAACCCCGCUUUAUUUGGAAAAACAACGGAGGACGCGCGCAUCAUGAUCGGUGUAACCCGGGCACAUCAAAUGAACUCCAACUACACAAAUACGGUUCUAUCAGAAGUACGCGGUGCCGUUUUGCGUGCCGUUGGUUGGAAAGCCGACCCCACUGACGAGAUCAACGUUUUUGGUGGAGCCGCUAGCUACAGACCACGUCAACGAUUCACCGACACGGAGCCAAAAAGAGAUGUCGUGAUGUACUCCAGACACCCGGCAUCCAGCUUUCUCCACCAAAACUAG